CACAACAAGUUUUAAUUUUAAUAAUUUUAUUAUAAUUUCUCUUUCAACGAAAACGAGAAAGCUGGCGACUGGCGACGAUGACUAAUAAUUGAAGAACGUACAUUGUAUAAUUGCUACAAGUAUAAUUAGUGAUUUGUUCAAAAAUAUAGUUCAAACAAAAGUUUUCAAGUGGAAUGGUGUCGCCUUUGAUUGGAUUCAGACAGUGAAUAUGGCGGGGAAAGACGAAGACGAUGUAAUUUUGCAAACCUUUAUGGUGAAAAGAUCACAAAACAAAAAGUUGUUUACUCCUGUAAAUUUUAAGGAGCGCUGGGUGGUGCUAAGACGUCGUUCACUUAUCUACUAUGACUCUGAUAGUGAAAGGCGCAGAGAGCGCGGGCGCAUCGCAACGGACGCGAUCCAUACGGUGGAGCAGGCGCAACUCGGCGAGCUGAGCAAACAGCUGCCCGACGGCAUUGGAGACAACUCAGCUUAUAGAUACCCUUUUCAGGUGGGCUACUCUGAACAGAACACAGACUACACCUUGUACCUUAUAGUUGGAGACCACUCAGUGCGCCUACAUUGGAUUCACGCCAUAAGGAGUGUGUGCGUGUACAAAGUGCGGCGGUCGCGAUACCACCCGGGCGCGUGGUGCGCUCGGCGCUGGGCGUGUUGCGACGCGGAGCGCCGGUCCGCGCCGGGUUGCCAGCUCGCCGCCGACUGGCCCCUGCCCGAGCCGCAGAUCGAACUGCUGGUGCAGGAGAAGAAGCCCCUUAUCGACGUUACAUCUGUCACGGCGGCGGUCACAAUGCCAGGAGGCGGCGGCGCCCCUCCCGGCACUCCGUCGGCCAAGCCAAAGGUAAAUUCAAAGGAGAAGCAAAGAACCAAAGUUGUGGUAGCGCUGUACCCAUUCAAAGCCAUAGAAAGCGGCGACCUCUCAUUAGAAAAGGGCGCUGAGUAUGAAGUUAUUGACGACUCCCAGGAACAUUGGUGGAAAGUUAAAGACGAGCACGGGUCAGUCGGAUACAUUCCAAGUAAUUACGUGAAGGAGAAAGAAACUAUUGGACUACAAAAAUAUGAGUGGUACGUGGGCGAAAUGUCUCGCCAGAGAGCGGAAUCUCUACUGAAACAAGAGGACAAGGAGGGUUGCUUCGUUGUCCGCAAUUCCUCCACUAAGGGCAUGUACACGCUCUCGCUAUAUACCAAAGUUAACCACCCGCAAACAAAACACUACCACAUAAAGCAGAACAGCCGCGGCGAGUUCUAUCUCUCUGACAAGCACUGCUGCCCCAGCAUACCGGAGCUCAUCAACUAUCACAAGCAUAACAGCGGCGGGCUGUGCUCGCGGCUCAAGACCACGCCUUGCGACCGACCCGCGCCGCCCACAGCUGGCCUCUCGCAUGACAAAUGGGAGAUAGACCCAUCAGAGCUGGUCCUCCUAGAGGAGUUAGGCGCGGGCCAGUUUGGCGUGGUCCGGCGCGGGCGCUGGCGCGGCCGCACAGACACCGCCGUCAAGAUGAUGAAGGAGGGCACUAUGUCGGAAGACGACUUCAUUGAUGAAGCCAAAGUCAUGACUAAACUCCAACAUCAGAACCUAGUCCAGCUGUACGGCGUAUGUUCCAAGCACAGACCCAUCUACAUCGUAACCGAGUAUAUGCGGCAUGGCUCGCUGUUUAACUACUUGCGCCGCACCUCGCCUGACCAGCUGGGGCCUGGCGUACUGCUGGAUAUGUGCAUACAGGUCUGCAAAGGAAUGGCGUAUCUAGAAAGGCAUAACUAUAUUCACCGAGAUUUAGCAGCGAGAAAUUGUUUGGUUGGAGAUGAAAAUGUUGUUAAAGUUGCAGAUUUCGGACUAGCGCGGUAUGUAUUGGACGACCAAUACACGAGUUCUGGCGGUACGAAAUUCCCUAUCAAAUGGGCGCCGCCUGAAGUACUCAACUACACGCGGUUUUCCUCCAAAUCUGAUGUUUGGGCUUUUGGUGUACUAAUGUGGGAGGUGUUCACAUGCGGCAAAGUGCCAUACGGUCGAAUGAAGAAUUCCGAAGUGGUGGAGAUGGUUCAGAGAGGACAAGUGCUGGAGAAACCCAAAGGAUGUUUGAAUGAAAUUUAUAAUGUAAUGCUAGCAUGCUGGCGGCACGCGCCCGACGAGCGGCCGUCCUUCCGCGUGCUGAAGGACGAGCUGGCGGACAUGAUGCAGCUGGUGCUGGCCGACUGACUGCGCCUGCUGCUCGCCCUGCUGCAGCCGCCGCCCGCCACGCUGCCGCGCGCGCGCCGCCAGGCCGCGCCGCCCGUCUGAGCACGCUACAACACGAUACAUCGCGAGAUACCGCUCUACAAGAUCACCCACAUUCACCACCGGUGUGUGCAACGUCAGUAAUGUAAUUGAGCUCGUUUGAAUGCUACGCUACAACACGAUACAUCGCGAGAUACUGCUUUACAAGAUCACCCACAUUCACCACCGGUGUGUGCAAACUGCAACGUCAGCAAUUUAAUUGUGCUCGUUUGAAUGCUACGCUACAACAAGACACGACACGAGAUACCGCUCUACAAGAUCACCCACAUUCACCACAGUAGUCAGUAUUGUAAUCAAGCUCGUCUGAAUACUACGCUACAACACGAUACAUCGCGAGAUACCGCUCUACAAGAUCACCAGUUCACCACCGGUGUGUGCAAUGUAAUCGAGCUCGUUUGAAUGCUACGCUACACCACGAUACACUACUAAAAUACCACCACCGGGGCGUAUAACGUCAGUUUUGUAAUUGAGCUCGUCUGAAUACUACGCUACACCACAAUCCACUACUGGCGUUAAUAACGUCAGCAAGCUCGUCUGAACGCUACGAUACAACACGACACAUCGCGAGAUACUGCUCUACAAGAUCACCACAUUCACCACCGGUGUGUGCAACGUCAGUAAUGUAAUUGAGCUCGUUUGAAUGCUACGCUACAAGACACGACACGAGAUACUGCUCUACAAGAUUACCACAUUCACCAAAGUAGUCAGUAUUGUAAUCAAGCUCGUCUGAACACUACGCUACAACACGACACAUCGCGAGAUACUGCUCUACAAGAUCACCACCGGUGUGCAAAGUUAAAAAUGUAAUCGAGCUCGUCUGAAUGCUACGCUACAUCACAAUGCACUACUCUACAUACCACUACUGGCGUUAACAACGUCAGCAAGCUCGUCUGAACGCUACGAUACAACACGAUACAUCGCGAGAUACUGCUCUACAAGAUCACCAGUUCACCACCGGUGUGUGCAACGUCAGCAAUUUAAUUGUGCUCGUUUGAAUGCUACGCUACAACACGAUACAUCGCGGGAUACUGCUCUACAAGAUUACCACCGGUGUGUGCAACGUCAGCAAUGUUACUGAGCUCGUUUGAAUGCUACGCUUCACCACGAUACACUACUAAAAAUACCACCACCGGGGUGUACAACGAUAGCAAUGUCAUUCAAGCUCGUCUGAAUGCUACGCUACACUACUAUAGAUACCACUACUGGCGUUAAAAAUGUCAGCAAUGUCAUCAAGCUCGUCUGAAUGCUACACUAUGAUACAAAACGCUACACUACCAGCAUGACAUACCACCAACAGUUUGAACAAUCUAUGCAAUGAAAUCAAUACUACACUACACUUCACUGCACUAAUCUACUAGGGACAUGAACAUUGAACAAUAUCAGCGAUUGUAACCAUGCCGUCCGACUAAACAUUACUACACUAUUACUGGCAUGUCCAUUAUAACAAUCUAAAUUACAUUUUGUUUACUAUCAAGUAUUUAUCGUUGCAUACAUUUUCUUCCGAGCACAACCAUUGCCUCAUCGGUUCCGCAUUUUUUCUGCUUGUCUGAAAGUAAUUGUCUUCCAUGUUCUUCCAGACAAUUUUUAACUAAUCAUUCAGUACUACUAAUAAUAGCUCGAAUGUCGUUGAUGUGUCUCCAAAAAUCCCUGUGUGGCCAAAAAUUUACGAAAGUAGCCAAGUCUCGCGGAUAGUUUUGAUAUUUUUGUAGGCAUUUUAACAAAAGGCGGGUAUUAGUUGUCCUUUUAUCAGAUUUUAGAUCUAUUAAUUAAAAAAAUCUCAUACAUACCAUUGACUGUUUUUGUAAUUUCAAAAUAAAAAAACAAAGUGAUGUAUAGCUACGUGCUGUUACAGAGUAUAUUACAACUUGCUAAUUUGAUAAGAUGAUGAAUGCAAAAACAUCUUACAAGGACUGCUGGGCAAUCCUAAAAUGCGUAAUCGUUUAUUAUUAAAUCAUUGAGUUAUGUUAUCAGAUGAAGAUUGUCCGAUUUUGUGCUGUGAAAGAAUUCAACGAAUUGAAUAUAUUGCAUGGAAAUUAUAAUGCCAACCGCAAAACAUUUAUAGAUUAUACGGAUUUUUUCCAAACAUAGUCUUCAUAAAAUAACUGAAACUAUGAAAUUCUAGACAAUGUAACAUUAGAUAGAUAACUAGGUAGUGUUUUAUUGUAUACCACACGAAAUUAGCAAUUGGAAAACAACCAAUAAAUACGUGAACAAUAAAAUUGUCUAUUACGAUUCGAUAGUCUCAAUGCGUCUAGUGUAACCCAAAAUUUGUGGGAAAAUUUUGAUUGAUUAUUAUGAAGAGUAAUGAAAUAAAAAUAUUUGUGGUAAACUACGGACUUCAAUUCAGUUAUCGCAGAAACGCCCCACAUCGAAUCUGGACAAUAAAUACAUGCAUGGAAUUGAUGGGAUAAACUAAAGGAAUUGAAGAAACUAUACAGUUAUUACCCUUAAAAUGUACAUAAUACACUGCCACCAGUCCGCUACAGAGACGUUAUUUGAAAUUUCAGACAAAGAAAUAUUAAUUUUCGGAUCUAUCUCGCUAAAGUUCUGUUUUAAUAUAGGUUCUAAGUGUAAUCCCGGUAAACGUUAAAUAACGUUUCUGGGUGGGUAUAUCUCAAGUUAUAUGUGAUACAUUUCGUAGAAAUAGUAGAGCCAUUUAGACUGGUACAACACAUGGCCCGUACGUGUCAACUAACCAUGUCAGUAUUUUGAGUGGCACUCAUUUUUAAAUUAAUUAUGUAUGGUAGUACGACUAGCUUGUAACGAUAUUUAUCAUAAUCCACGUCACGCGUAAUUUUCAAUUCAUUAUAUUCACCACAGUCAUAGUAUACCUUUAUUCCUUUUGCAUGCACGUCAUAGGUAGUGCAAUAUCAAUCGUACAUUGUAAGGAAGGAGUAUAAGCCCAUCAUCAUAUCAUUACUUGUGUAAUUAUUAAUGUACAUAAAUUAUAGUAGUUAUUUAAUAUAUUAUUAGAUGACAUAUAGAACAUGUACCAUGCAUUUGAACGACGCACAAUAGAAAACAUUAUUUUUGGUAAACACAUGUCAUUGCUUUAGCAUGUUAAGAUUGUCACAAAUAAACCGAAUUUGUUAUUGUAUUGCUAAAUUUUGUACUCGAAGGCUGUUUUUACUUUUGUACAUUCCUUUCGUUGAUAACUAGUCAUAAUUAUGUAUUUAGUGUCAUAAUUACGUAUAGUGGGCACAAAAAUAAACAAAAAAGACACUGAAGCAUUGUCCACCAUGGUUGCAGUGGUAUCUUAGAAUUAAACCAAUCGUUUUCAGUUUUUGAAUCUGUGUGUAUUUUCGCGUUUCUAUAAAGAUUUUUUAGCGUCGAUUAUUGUAAAUUAAUAAUGAUUCUAAAGUCUUGUCAUACUAGUGACAUUAUACGGAGCUUAUCAAAAGUUCGAAAAAAUUCGGUCCAAUAAGGUAAGUAAAGUAUUGAUUGAAAGGUUGUAGUAUAAUUUCGCGCUACGUGGGUUUGCGAUUUAUCCAAAAUUAAAAGGGACCUUAGCGGGGACACUUGAAUAUGUGCCAAUUAUUUCCUUACCUAUUUUAGGAAUUAAACUUCGGAAAUAACAACAGUACAGGAUAGUUGGUCUUCAAGUAAUAUGUAUACAACAAUUUUAUAUUAUUUUAAGUCAAAACUUGAAUCACCAGUGAGAAAAUUCAUAUCAUCGAUUCACAUACCGUUUAAUCUAUCCCACUAUAGGUGGGCGGUCGAAGAUACAUUUACUGCAAACUUAUUACCUUUCUCAAUGGUGGUUUAACGAAGGAUGAAUUAGUUCAUAGCUUGAAACAGUCAUUAUUAUUUUCUAAAAUGUAUACUUAGCGAGUCCAUAAGUCAUUUGGUCGUAAAUCUUACGAUUUAUUGUGAUAUCUGUCGAAAGUGCUUAGAAAUAGCGCUACUAUUAAUUUGUAUUGUUAUUUUAUUAGGAAAACUAUAGUUUGUUAUUAAGUACUAUGUAAUUUGUAAUGAAAUGAAAGUAACAGUUGAGGAGUACAAUAUAAACAAAACAUAGCUUGAUAAAACAAAUUGAAUAUAGACUCUUUAUUUAAAUAGUGUAAUUUGCUUUUGAAUUGUACAGCAACUAUUAAUUUGUAUAACUGUUUUAUAAAACUAUUAAGUCGAAUAAAAUCAUUAUUAAUAAA